CAGAAGGGAGGAACUGAGAAAACAUUUUGUGCGGAAGAUGUGGUCGAGUGAGAUUAGAUUUACAGAAUAUGCUACCCACUAUUUGUUUUGAUUUCAGACGCAGUACGGUAAAACCUUAAUUAUUGUACUUUUACUUUAUAACUUAAUACUUAACAGAACUGUUGAUGCGGAAUGAAUGAAUAAUUGCACUAUAGGCCUACAUCGGCGGGGUUAUAUAACACCAUUUUCAAUGCAUUACUUGGAAUGCCACAAAAAGUAAGCAUUGAAGUAGUUUGAAACUUUCUGUAACAGGUUUUUUUUUGUGUGUGUGAAUUAAAGGAGAAAGGUAGUGGGCGACACAACAAUGGACCCGCUGGAUUUCCUGAAGUCAGAGGAACUGCUGCAGGUUUUUCACUGUCACAAAACAGAAAUGUCCUGCUAUGAGAGUCCGACCAUCUUCAUAAACCAGCUCAGGGAUCAUAACCUGAUCCCGGAAGACAGCUACAAGAAGUUCACUCGCAUGAAGAGCAAAGAUAGAAUAAAACAAGCGUUCUAUGCUCUUCUCAACUCGUUGGAGAAAAAUCAAUCCCAGCACAUUGAAGUCUUCUGGAGGUGUGUCUUCAAGGAGACCAUCAUGAACCAGUAUCCUCACCUUCGAUUACUUCGCAACAGCCUCCUGGACGGAUCCUUCCGUGAUUACACACAACUGCCUGAGAAAAUCGAAAAGGAAGAGUCAGCCGAAGGGAAAAGGAAGGAAAUGUCAGAAGACGAGGAGGAAGAGGAGACCCAAGCAAAUUCGGUAAAAAAGAAGAAGAAACGGAAACGAAAGAUUGUGCUUGACGAGGAAGAGGAGCCGUCUGUUUCAUCAUGUAAGCUAACCCCAAUUCAGAGGAAGAAGUCCAAGAAAGUACUCUUCUCUUCUCCCCUGAAGAGGGGAGAGAAAGGCAAGAUUUGGACGUGGCCCCUCUAUAAGUUUCAGAUACCUGUGACCUGUGGAAAGAAGGAGGGGAUGCUGAACAGAGACAGACUGGCGAAAGGGGAGAAGUGCAUUGCAGUCGGCAGAGAGUGGUUCACCCCCCCUCAGUUUGAGAGCUUUGCAGGGAAGGAGCACUGUAGGAGCUGGAAGACGAGCAUUCGAUGUGAGAACGUAUGCCUCGGAAAACUUAUAAAGGAAGGUCACCUGAAAUCAGCGGGCUUUAUAGUCAGGAGUAAAACGGCCAAGAGGUUGCUAUUUCCAUCUGAUUUAAUCACAGUGUGUGAAGGAGAAGAUGAGGAGGAAGAUGAGGAGGAAGAGCAGGGUUCUUCAAGUCGAAAAGCAAAUGUCUCAGAUGAGGAAGAGCAGGAGGUGGAACAAGCUGAGCAGCAUCCUGACGUUAGCAAGAAGGUGUUCAACGUUACAUGUGGGACUAAAGCUGCCACCUUACAUGUAAAACGAUUUGCAUCAGGGGAUUGUGGGAAAAGUAUUCGGACUGAGACAAGCUGGAUGACCCCGUUGGAGUUUGUUACAUGGGCAUCACAUCAGACAGAUCCCUUGUGGAGGAGAGACAUCAUGUGGGAGGGAAACCCGCUCAGUGUCCUCACAGAGGAAAGAAUCUUGCAAAUGCACUCAAGGAAUUGUUCCUGCGAACUGUGCAUACCAGGGUUAAAAGACUGGGAGAAUCAGAAGAACGAUGACGAGUGUUUCAUCUGUAAAAGAGAAGAAGGAGAAGAGUUGGUGGUGUGUGAUAUAUGCCCUCUCUCUUUCCAUCAGAAAUGUCACCUCCCUCCUGUCGACAUCAUUUUAGGGGAUAAAAGCCGCUGGAUGUGUACCUUCUGUGAAUUCAGAACAGCUCAGAAGUGGAUGUUCGGGGAAGAAAUGGAAAGGGAAGCAGCAAUGUCCGGACAGAUAUCACAACACAUGAUGAGGUGCCAGUACCUUCUCCUGUAUCUGCUCAGUGCUGAUAAGGAACAACAUUUUGCUACAAAUCCAAGCCUCUAUUUGAAAGACUACUCCACCAUCAUUCAAAUGCCCAUGUGGACUGGAAAAGUGACUGACAAACUCCAGAACAACCUCUACCAAACUGUUGGCGAGUUUGCGUCUGACGUUCAGCUCAUAUUUGCCAACAGUGCUUUUUACAACCAAGGGAAUGAUGGAUUCCUAACCAUGAGCAACAAACUGAAGGAGUUAUUUGACAGUGAACUCAUGAAGGUGUUCAACAUACGUGAAGAGAGUGAUGACUGAUGAACGGUGUUUAGUUCUCACACUCAGGUACUGGGAGAAAAAUAGAUCAUUAUUGUGGGUUACAGCCUUGAUGUAUUUUUUGUUUUUUAAUUAAAUCUCAAUUUACAAAGAGAUAAGUCACAGGCCUUUAACUGAAAUGGUUUUGGACUAAAAUAAGAAUUUUUAAGACCUUAAGACCUGGCAUAAACUUUGUUGCACGCAAGGCAGGAGCCCUGACUAUGGGGCGCACUGACACUUGUCCCACACCGUGCUUAAGCACAAUUCCCCCCCCUCCCCAUUCCCCCGCUGGCCUGCACACACACUGCUCCAGGACUAACCAGGCUUAAGCACGGUUAUCUCUUGUACAUAACAUCACAAUAACACAUGCAGAAGUGUGCUUAGUUUACGAGACAGGCGGACUGUAAAUAAAUAAAAGGGACGCACGGUCAAGUCCCCAAGUCAUCACAGUUACACACUCAAAUAUGAGCCGACACUAAAGAUAUUAAGCUUUAAGAAAAUGAAAGGUCUGGUUAGACCUUAAAAUCAAGACGAUAAUUUAUGAUUGGAUAGUUAUUCAUAAUGAUUGAAUUUAAAUAUAAACCAUCAUGCAGCUUUUGCUUUUCAGAUAUAAGAUUUGUGAGGAAAAUAAACUUCCUUUGUCAAAAAAACAAAACAGUAUAAUCAUGCAAAUAUGAAUGUGGAGUCAGUAUAUUCAUCUUUCCUGUUACCUUAGGUAAUAUUUGACAAUCUCAAAUGCAUCUUUCAUUUAAAGCAUGAAAACUUUUUUACAAUGAGGAAAAACUUUUUAUGGUACAUGAUGUGUUUGCCUAUUUUCAUUUGUUUCUUCCUAUGUUCUGUUUUAUUACUGUUAUUUCCAUGUUUUCUAAUAAUUGUUAAAAAUUCUUGACACUUGACAAAACAAGACGUGUUCACAAGACUUUGGCAGUAUUUCUUUUAAUGUUGUGUGUGGAAAAAUAAAGUUGUGACCUGUCUGAACCUGAAAGGAAA